UAGGCGGGCUUCCGUGUGUUGUUGAUUUGAAAGGAAGAUUGUUUUCAUUUUGCAAAUAUUGGAGAAGUGAUCUACGUGUUCUCAUUAUAGCUAUCCGAUGUUAUUAAAUUUCAUUCCAAGUAUAGAUAAGUUUAGUAUAGUAUGGAUAAAGGACAAAGUCUAUCUAAUGGCGCUGUGGAAACUUUAACGUUAACAAAUAAUGAUGAUAAUAUAAUAGAAUAUAAGAAAGUCUACCACCUGUUGGAUGAACUAGGCUUCAGUGAUCAUAAAUGUAUCUUCAAUAAACAUCAACUCAGGGACUCAACCCUGGCAUAUAUAGAAAGUGAAGAUGAGUUGAAAAAUUUAUUAAAAGAAGUGGGUUUGCCAGCUGGUCUUGUUUUUGCCUUUGUUAAAUUAUGGUUCCGGUAUAAAGAUAAUCCAGAUAUUUUCAAACUUGAUACAAAUUUUGCCACCCCAAACCACGUAUUGACCAAUUCCAAUGGCCCUACAAAUAUUAUCAAUGAUAAGCAUACACAAACAACUACCAUGAAUACAACAGAUGUGGAAACACAGACCCCACACCCAAGUCUCUAUCCCACUCCACUGCCUCAAACCGGUGAUCCGUACGACUUUUUUAACCCAUUUCCCUAUGCAUACCAAACCCACCGUAUGCCCCCACACGGAGGUCUUAGCUCCAACCCAUACCCCUUGGCGACCUGGCCAUAUAGCCCCUUGCCUAAUGUCUAUAAAACCCCUGUAUAUAAUAACCCUGGAGAUCUAUCGGAGUUAAGUGGCCUGGUUAAUGGAUUAGCAGAUCGUAAUUCGUUCGAUCCCUUGGAGAAUUUUAAUCCUCACGAUAAUGACGAGCCUAUACCGCUUGAAAAGAAUGGUAGUGAUAUAGCCUUAGACGAGAGGAGUCCUGCAAGUGUAUCUAGCGAGUACUCUCUAUUUCCUGAUGCCGAACCCCUGUGCUCACCCAAAGCCUCCCAUAUUAAUGUUAACGAGAAAGAUGACCUUGUUCGCUCAGCGUCGGAACAAGAACGAGACCAAAGAUCAUAUGCAACUGCGCUGAAAGAUCACAAAGAAGGCCAACAGUCCCUUCCUAAUAGCCUGCAUAGCGACCACUUGGCAUCCCCUGGCAACCGCUCUCGUUCGUCUAGCACCGCUUCUGCCAACAACGUGUCUCGUUCAACAUCGAGUACUGAUUUUCAUCCACUCAGUCCGGCGCGAGAAUCUCCCAAAAGCCCAACCCAUCGAUCCUACGCUGGCGUUGACGAGAUCGAUCCUCAGCAGAGGUCCAAUCUCAGCAAAGGCCUGAACGCCGGUACUGCUAACCCUACCUUUAACAACUACUACGAUAAUCUGCCCGACAGCCACGAGUAUGUGGAAGCCAUGAAAGAGAAACCCCUUAAAGCGGGCUGGAGACCGCAUGGGGGUAAACAUGAAAAAACAGGACGGCGCAUUGAUUUUAAACCACAGUAUAUUGACAAGGAAGGUCGGGUGCGUCAUGGUGUUCGUGUACGUGGAGCGUUGAAGUCUAUGGAGUGCUGGCUGCAUACGAGUAAUAAGCCACCGAUUGAUUGCCUGUUUGCGCAUUCUCGUAUUGGAGACACGCUCGAAUUCAUUUGCAUAAGAUGCACCUUUGAGAAAGGAAGAAAUUACGAAUGUCGGGAUAAGAAAGGCCAUGCCGCGUUCAUUUGCAAUCUUGGGCCAUAUCGAGAUAUGAAUGGGGAAAAAUGGAGAGGAAAAGUGGAACCAGCAUAGUUGUAAUAACAAAUAUAUAGUUCUCACUUCACCCACGUCGUGAGACAAUUUUUCAAUUCACUGUUUUACAAUAAAAUAUAUGACCGGUUUAACCAAACUAUUGUAUGUAAACGUUGUACGUCUUAAAGUUUAUGUAGUUAUUUGUAAUUUCCCGGAAUAAUUGUCACAUAUAGCAUAAAAUUUAGAUAUAUGAAAUGUAACACAGGGUGAAAGAACUAAGGAACGAAAUAGGGACGAAAGAUUAGCAUAGAAAUUGAACGGGUGAUAAUUUUAAUGACAAAAUGUAUGCAUUUUAAAAAAAAUUUUCUUGUUAAGAAAGAACAGGAAUCAUG